AUGGAGAGCUAUCUGCGCAACUGGCGCCAGGAUGCUUUGAACAAGCACCAAUAUGAUGCUGCUAUAUUCGUCGGCGACAAGCUGCUUGCUUUGACAGAAUCCGACGAGGAUGCCUAUGCUCUAGCACACACUCACUUCGCCGCCGCAAACUACACUCGUGCACUCGCCUACGUCAAACGAGGGGAAUUGAUCGAAAGAUCACCAGCCGCUCGCUAUCUCGCCUCAUACUGCUACAUCAAGCUAGACCGACACGAGGAAGCACUCCAUCUACUCGGGGAGAAGAAUCCAACGCAUUUGACUGCGAGUGCUGAGCCACAAAGAAGGAAGCUUCAACAUCUAAGCAAUGGCUUGUCAGAUAAGCAGCAGGGAAAGUCCAGAGCUCCGUACCGGACGGACCGAGUGGAUCGAAGUGAAGAGCGAGAGAGGGAGAGUGCGGAUAAUCUGAAGUUUGAGGCUGGUAUGUGUUAUCUGCGAGGACUGUGUUUCGCAAAACACAACGCUUUCGAUCGGGCGAAAGAGUGCUAUAAGGAUGCGGUACGCAUUGACAUACAAUGCUUUGAGGCUUUCGAGCAGCUGGUCAAGAACGCUCUCAUGAGUCCUGGUGAGGAGUGGGAUUUCUUGAACGGCCUCGAUUUUGAGAGCAUCACGCACAACUCUGGAACGACCGAAAAUGUGCCUGAAGCUGCCGAUUUCGUUCGCAACCUCUAUUCAACGCGGCUGUCGAAGUACACACAUCCGGAGAACUUCAACAUGGCCAUCGAGACACUGUCAACACAUUACAAGCUGGGACAGAACGCCGAUAUUCUGCUCGCCAGGGCUGAGAUUCUCUUCACGUGCUCAAGGUUUCAGGAUGCAUUAGAUCUGACCAGCCAGAUCUUGAAGACGGAUCCAUACAACUUUGCGUGCAUGCCAUUGCAUCUGGCUCUGCUACAUCAGCUCGACCAUCAUCAUGCCUUGUUCGCCCUCGCGCACGACCUGGCAGAUACACAUCCGGAGGUGCCAUGCACCUGGCUAGCAGUCGGCACAUACUACUAUGCGAAGGACCGAAUACCAGAGGCACGAUCAUACUUUUCGAAGGCAAGUUUGAUGGAUCCACAUUUCGGAGCCGCAUGGAUUGGAUUUGCGCAUACAUUCGCGGCGGAAGGAGAGAGUGAUCAAGCUAUUGCAGCAUACAGCACAGCUGCGCGACUCUUUCAGGGCACUCAUCUCCCGCAAAUGUUUCUCGGCAUGCAGGAGCUGGUGCUCGGAAAUAUCACGAUUGCUCGAGAAUUCCUCACUGCAGCAUACAACGUCUGCGACCGAGAUCCACUCCUCAUCAACGAGAUAGGAGUCGCCACCUUUCACGAAGAAAACUACGAAAGCGCUGUGCGCCACUUCGUCUACGCCCUCGAAAUUGCAAAAGAGAACAACGCACCAGCUCACCACUACGCCGGCACCCGCCUUAACCUCUCCCACGCCUUACGAAGAAGCGGACAGUUCGAGGCAGCACUUCAAGAAGUCGAAGAAGUCAUCCGACUCGGCAUGUGCGAAGCGGACGUCUUUACCACGAAGGGCCUCACACUCCUCGAACUCGAUCAAACCUUUGAAGCUGUCACCGCAUUCCAUGAAGCCCUGGCCAUCAGUCCUCAACAUCCCAUGGCAAGCGACCUCCUCAACAAAGCUCUUAAGCAACUCACAGACGAGGGAGCCGAUAUCCUCGGCGGUGCAGACGAAGAUGAACUCGAAGAUGCUUUGCGAAGGAGACUCGACGAGCGAAGGGCACAGCGUAAUCCACUCGGCGGGCCAUCUCGCUCCAGUCUCAAACCACCCGGCUCUUCAGAUGCCUCAGUUUCCGCCAAAACAGGCGGCGGUCGCGCCAACCGUCUCGCCCGCCAAGCAGCUGGACUGACCGCCCGAUCAGGAGACCAAACUCGUCGCCGCACGCCAUAG